GACUUCAAGUAUGUUCAAAUGUGAAGUUGAUUGUCUUUAAAAGGAUCCAUUGAAGCCCAUACCAAGGUAUAAUUGUAUUCCUUCCAAGUUUUCUCACAUUGCAUUAGCUUUACAGGUUAAUGUUAAGUGCUACACACAUUAUUUUUAGUGACUCCUAAAUGGCCCUUCUAGUUGGUUGGAGUGUCGAACCACUGACAAGAACCAACUUUAAUGUUGGUGUAUCCAGUAACCACGUGGGUCCAGAGGAGGCGGAUGGUAAAUCUCCCUGCGGUGGAGCUCUCCUCUGCGCAUGCCCAGGUCGCUGCUGCUGGGAGUGCGGACCAAAGUAUCGAGCGACGGCUGCAUUUCGACGGCCUGUUGUCAACGACGCAUGUUUUUCGGAUUCGAAACGGACGCUACUGGGAUUUAAUUUCUCGCAGAAGAAACUCGCACACAAUCGGCCUCCUUCACAAGAUUUCCAAAGAUGAGGGCUGGUGAUUAGGGCUUCGCGGGGAGGAAGUGACCAGUAGACCGCUGAGGCCCAGGACCCUGACCGCCGUGGGAGCCCAGGACCGGAGCCUGUCGGAGGACCGGAUUCCGUUGGAGCCCAGGACCGGAGCCUGCGGGCGCCAUGGCCUACCACAGCUACAGCAGCCUCAACAGGGCUCAGCUCACCUUUGAAUACCUGCACACAAACUCGACGACCCACGAGUUCUUGUUCGGCGCGUUGGCCGAACUCGUUGACAACUCCAGAGAUGCAAACGCUACCCGGAUAGACAUCUACACAGAAAACAGACCAGAGCUACGGGGGGGCUACAUGCUGUGUUUCCUUGACGAUGGCACCGGAAUGGACCCCAACGAGGCCACCCACGUGAUUCAGUUUGGAAAGUCCAGUAAACGCUCGUCUGAGUCCAGCCAGAUCGGCCAGUAUGGAAAUGGACUCAAAUCUGGCUCCAUGCGGAUCGGGAAGGACUUCAUCUUGUUCACCAAGAAGGAGAACACGCUGUCCUGCCUCUUCCUGUCCAGGACCUUCCACGAGGAGGAGGGGCUAGACGAGGUCAUCGUCCCGCUGCCCACCUGGGACCUGACCACCAAGCAGCCCCUGACCUCCGACCCCGAGAAGUACGCCAUCGAGACGGAGCUCAUCUACAAGUACUCCCCCUUCAAGAACCAGCAGCAGCUCAUGGAGCAGUUCGCCAAGAUCGACAGCAGCAGUGGCACUCUGGUGAUCAUCUACAACCUGAAGCUGAUGGACACCCGAGAGCCGGAGCUGGACGUGGAGUCGGACCACCAGGACAUCCUGAUGGCCGCCACGCCUGUGGAGGGCGUGAAGCCGGAGAAGCGGUCGUUCCGAGCGUACGCGGCGGUCCUGUACAUCGACCCCCGCAUGAGGAUCUUCAUCCAGGGACACAAGGUCCGGACCAAGAGGCUCUCCUGCUGCCUGUACAAACCCCGGUCCUACAAGUAUUCCUCGACACGCUUCAAGACGCGGGCGGAGCAGGAAGUGAAGAAGGCUGAGCAUCUCGCAAAGAUCGCGGAGGAGAAGGCCCGCGAGGCGGAGAGUAAGCGCUUGGCAUUGGAGGCAAAGACCGGAGACGACCUGUCAAAAGAAUCCCGGACGGUGCUGAGGAAAGCCCAGGACGCGGCCAUGAUGAUGAGGAGGGACGCAGACAUGAAGAGGAAGAUGCAGGAGAGCAAGCAGAAAGCACUGAAGGAGCCAAAGGAGCUGAGCUUCAUCUUCGGGGUGAACAUCGAGCACCGCGACCUCGACGGCAUGUUCGUCUACAACUGCUCCCGGCUCAUCAAGAUGUACGAGAAGACCGGCCCACAGCUGGAGGGCGGCAUGGCCUGUGGGGGCGUGGUGGGGGUGGUAGAUGUUCCCUACCUGGUGUUGGAGCCCACGCACAACAAGCAGGACUUCGCCGACGCCAAGGAGUACCGCCACCUCCUGAAGUCCAUGGGGGAGCACCUCGCCCAGUACUGGAAGGACACCAACAUCGCUCAGAAGGGCAUCGUGAAGUUCUGGGAUGAGUUUGGAUACCUGUCGGCCAACUGGUCUUCCCCGCCCUCCCCUGAGCAGAGAUACAAGAGACGCCGGGCCAUGGAGAUACCGCUCACCAUCCAGUGUGAUAAGUGCUUGAAGUGGAGGACGCUGCCCUUCCAGAUGGACGCCGUGGACAAACGCUACCCCGAUAGCUGGAUGUGUCUGAUGAACCCCGACAGCAGCCAGGACAGGUGCGACGCUCCAGAGCAGAAACAGAACCUGCCCUGUGGAGUUCUGAAGAAGGACAAGCAGAGCGCAGAAGACAAGCAGAAAGAAAUCACAGACAAGAUCAGAGCACAGCAGGAGAAACUAGAGGCACUGCAGAAAACCGGCACCAUCAAAUCAUCUGCGGACGUGAAGAGGCUGCCCCUGGACGUCAGCAUGAGGCCCAGCGCCCAGGGCUCCGCUCAGGCCACCCGGUCCUCGGAGAGGUCCACCUCGCGGCCUCGCUCGCCGCCCCUCCCGUCCCACCUCAAGAACGCCCCCAGCGUGCCCCCGCCCCGGGCCACCCCUCCCCGCGCCGCCCGGACCGCCGGCCCCCCACCGCCGCCGCCCCCCCGCGCCCGACCCGCCCAGGGCCGGGCCACCGGCCGGCCCGCCACGCCCGCCGCCAAAGCCCCCGCCAAAGCAGCCCCGCCCGCACGCAGCACACGGACGCCAGCCAAAGCCUCACCCACCAAACCAGCAGCCAACCAACGUAAGAGAAUCAUCGUGCAGGAGGACAGUGAGGAGGAGGAGGAGGAGGAGGAGGAAGAGGAGGAGGCAGAAAGCGAUGAGAGCGAAGAGGAACGACCUCAGAACAAGAAGUCCAAGAUGGCCGCGGCGCUGGUCCAGAGAGGGAAGGCUGUGGCCAAGCUCCUGCCUCCCAAACGGAGCAAGGCAGCCGAGGUCCCCACCACCGCCCCGCCUGAGAAGAAGGGAGCGACCACUCCCAUUGGCCGCCAAGCCCCCUCCGACGCCCCCGCCCCCAAAACCGACCCGACAAAGGUAGCGGAGGAGGCAGCGGAGCGGGACUCUGACGGGGAGAGUAAAAACCCUCUGAAAGACAAGGGCAUGCAGGUGGAGGUGCGGGUGAACAUGGAGUGGUUCACGGGGAAGGUGGUGGCCGUGGAGGUGAACAAGAAGAGCGUCCGCUGGAAGGUCAAGUUCGACUACGUCCCGAGAUCCACGCCCAAAGACCGCUGGGUGUUUAAGGGGGGGGAGGACGUGCGGUUAAUGCGGCCGGCGUCGCCCGUCUCCCAGACGCCCGACACCCAGCAGGAGGCGGAGAAGGGCCCCGCCCGCAUGGAGCCCGACACCACCCAGCCGGGGACCAGCCGCGAGGUCACCGGCAGCAUGGUCUCCAUGAUGAGGACGAUGUUGCGUUACUUCUUCCCUCCUGAUUUCCGGAUCCCUAAGGACGAUGUGAACGGUAUGACGGCGGAGGAGCUUGUGGCGUUCCCUCUGAAGGAGUAUUUCCAGCAGUACGAGCUGGGCCUGCAGUCGCUGUGUAACUCGUACCAGAGCCGGGCGGACGCCAAAGCCAAGGCCGUGGAGGAGAAGAGCAGCAACGCCGAGACCAAGCUCAAGGAGGCGGACGAGAAGCUGCAGAAGCUGAGGGCCAACAUCGUCUCUCUGCUGCAGAAAGUGCAAGAGGACAUCGACAUCAACACAGACGAUGAGCUGGACGCCUACAUAGAGGACCUGCUCAACAGGGGGGACUGAGGCCACCGCCCCCUAAAGACUCUAGCUUUGGUUCUCCUGGGGGCCCUCAGCCCCCCAGAGAGGGGCCCUCAGCCCCCCAGAGAGGGGCCCUCAGCCCACCAGAGAGGGGCCCUCAGCCCAUCAGAGAGGGGCCCUCAGCCCACCAGAGAGGGGCCCUCACCCCCACCAGAGAGGGGCCCUCAGCCCCCCAGAGAGGGGCCCUCAUCAGAGAUGGGCCCUCAGCCCACCAGAGAGGGGCCCUCACCAGAGAGGGGCCCUCAGCCCACCAGAGAGGGGCCCUCACCAGAGAGGGGCCCUCAGCCCACCAGAGAGGGGCCCUCAUCAGAGAGGGGCCCUCAGCCCCCCAGAGAGGGGCCCUCAUCAGAGAGGGGCCCUCAGCCCACCAGAGAGGGGCCCUCACCAGAGAGGGGCCCCCAGGACCGUACAAACGUCUGCAUCGGCGCUCCUUUCAUUUCGCUCGCCGCUCUCCGCCGGUUCUUGAUGGUUUCAGCCUCCAUGGUUCUUUUUAUUUGACUUUCCGUUGUGGGCGGGGUCUGUGCGGUCCUGUGGGGACGUCUCCACGGUAACAGGGGGUUGUGUUCUCCUACUUUUAUAUCCACAUAUGUUUGUUAACGUUUGAAUCGUUGGCUCCUGCUCGUUGGUUCUGAGAGUUGUCUUGUGUUCAGAGGCUUGGGUUUCAACAUUAAUCACAAUAUCUGUUUGAUCUUCAACCAAUUAAGGAUCAUCUGACUUGCCAAUAUCUAUAUAUCUAUAAAUAUAUAAAGAGGAUCCAGUCUGUAAUGAAACACUAAGUUUCCCUCCUUUAAAGUCGUGGUCCUGUGGCCACCUGGAGCACCAGACCUGUACUGGGUUUUAUCAGUGUGUCUCUGUCUCCAGGUUGCUCUCUGGGGAACUCUUCUGUUUGCUCACCCUUUCAGUGCCCAAGUUCUUCUCUCAGUCUGAUUUUUAAAGUCAUGAAAAAUGUUUUAUUAGGCGCUGCAUGUGUUUUCAGUCUUUUUGAAAACUCUUUACAUGAAAUAAUAAACCUGGUUCAUCGCCCACAUAGCGUUCCUGUCCUUUGUAAACAUGUAAAUGAUUCUUUAUAAAAGUUGUAUCCCAAAUGCUAUUCAUCAUUAUUUUUAGUUAGACAUCCUUA